AUGGUGAGAAGAUGGAUAAAGGAAGGAGAGCAAAGCGGUAAACUUGAGGGUGAGAAAGCAGACGUAGGGCAUAUGGUCAAUGAGGAGCCUGAAAACCUGAUGGACACGCCUCCUGAUGAGUCUGAUGCAGUGCGCCUUGCCCGUCUUGCCGACUUGCUCGCCGAACCGCUCCCCCAAUCGCUGCUGCGAACACACCCGAAUGAUGUUGUCCUCAACGACCCACCCGAAGACUGGCAAGAGUGGUGGCAAGCUCCCCCGGAGUGGAUAAGUGCUAUCACAGAUCCCAAGACGCUCCCUGGCUCUCUCGCCCGCCUCCUCCAUGCCAUCCGUGCCCUGCGGCUCACCCGCGAUCCGACGCCAAUCCAUAAUCCUCUCGCCCCCCCGACAACUAAGGGGAUGUCUCCCAAAAAACAGCACGAGGUUGAGCGAAUGAUAUCUUAUAUCCGCGAUCUCUUCGUCGCUAACGGCCUCGAGCCAUCGGCAGUCAGAAUAGUUGAUGUCGGUGCGGGCCAGGGACAUCUAACUCGUGCUCUUAAGGGACAUUUUCCUGACACCCAAAUCCUUGCGCUGGACGCAGACGAGGGCCAAACUAUUGGUGCACAACGAUGGCAGGACAAAAAAACAGAUGGUAUCGCGCACAGAACCGUCAUCAUCAACCCAACGUCCUUACUUGACGUCGUGAAUGAAUGGAUUCAACCAGAACCAGAGAGUGAUGUUGUCGUUCCUGUGCUCUUUGUCGCCCUGCACGCAUGCGGGUCUCUUACUCCAGAUAUCCUACGUGCAUUUCUGCUCGCCUCCAGACAGCCACCAGCAACAUGGAAACCUUUUGGCGUCGUGGCAGUCGGUUGCUGUUAUAACCUCAUGAACCCCAAAGACCUCGACCUCCCAAUAGCGGCAUACCACCUUGCAGCUCAAAUACCCGAUCACUGGCUUGUCCCUUCAUCUCCAACACCAACACCACUGGCUUCCGUUACUUUGGCGAUACGGAAAGUUGCCUGGCGCGCACUCCUCGCAAAGGCAAUCCCUCACGCACAACUAUCUACUACUCCAGUGCCUACGCCUGCCUCAAAUCCCAAUAAAUCAGCAACUGUGCCCGCGCGCUGGUCCCGACUGCCGACUCUAGAACCUGCGGAAGUAACAAGAACGGGAGAAACACCCAAACUCCGUCGGCUGAGCCGCCUUCGUGGUUCGGCAUACGAUAACUGGGAAACGUUCUUGCGCGUUUCAAGCGAUCGCUUGGGCCUUGAUCUACAUGCUACCGCAAUUGACCCCGUAGUCGGCCGCCGUGUGGAACUUUUGCAUGUCUUGCGAUGCCUUCUCGGACCAGCUGUAGAAAGCACCAUCUUAUUAGAUCGUUUGUGUUGGAUGCAGACCGCGCUACAGCAAGAUAAAAACUCUCCACACGUUCGACUUGUAAAUUUAUUUAAUCAGGCGACAGGAAGUGGAAGAAACGUCGCUAUUGUUAUCGCACCAGAAAUUGCCUCAUGA